AUGGCGCGCGCUUUAUUCUCCGAGCCAGGUUAUGCCAAGCUUGAGUCCGACGUCAUCGUCAAGCUUCUUAAUCUUGAGUACAUCUGUGUCACCAUUGACGGUGUGCUGGAAACUGAGUGCGAUGUCCGACUUCGCAAGACUCUGUUCAAUGCUCAGCUCAGGGUUGACGCGGACUCCGUUGACCCUGACUGGGAAGUUUGGAUGCUCGAAGGGCCACGUAAUGGUGGUGAAUACCCUGAAGAUGAAUGUUUUACUGAGGUGUUCCUCGUGACCCUCUCUGUCCCAGACGACCCUCCUGCUGAGGUGGUGAUGGCUGAGGCUGCCCCUACUGAGGUCAUUGAAGAAGACGGUCUUCCGUCUAUCGAGGAUCCCAUGGAGAUUGCCACUGCUGCCCCUCUUGUGGAAGCCGCUGUUGAAGAAGUCAUGCCUGAGUUCAUGGUCAUCAAAGAAGACCAUUUACCUCCUCCUAAACACCACAAGUCCCUCAAUCGGGCUUAUACCCCGAUAUCCCCUGCCAACUCGACUAGGUCUGCGGCACCGUUUCCAGUCUUGUUUUCACCGCCGGCACCUGUUACACUAGUUCCAGCUGCUCGGAUUCUCGCGCCACCACGCCUCAACAUUCCUGAGGUCGUCAUGCACACACGCCGUCCCAAAAGUGAACAUCAGGCCAACACGGAGGCCAUCGUGGAUGACGCCAAGGCUGAGGAGGAGGGUAAAUCAGAGCAUGAUGUUGCUUCAUCGCCCCCACCUGUGGUAAAACCAAAGCGAGGUCAUCCUCGUAAGACUGAAUCUCGGGGUUUUGCUCCUGCAAUCGCAUAUGACAAGAAGAGACUCUUCCCUCCUCACCAACAUUUCACUAAUUUCAGUGAAAUGCCUCUGAUCCCCGAACCAUGCGUGCAAUGCACAAUUGGCAAGAACUCAAAGGAGGCGAAAUGUGUCUUUUUAGGUUGGGGUUUGCCCUGUCUGCCUUGCGAAAAGUCGCAUUUCCCUGCCUGUGAGUACAACCUCGACCCUAUUCCUCAGGGUCAGGUUCGCAACCAGUUGGGUCACCGCGCUACCCGUCUGUCACCCGAUAAAAUUGCCAAUCUCAUUGGAAACGCGGUCCGUGACCAGCAGAUCCUUCACUCGCUCAAGGCCGUUGUCGACACCCUCCGAUAUUGUCGAGACGCCCAAAUGUGUCAGGCUGCCAACGCAGUCUUCGAUCUUGCCGCAAUGGAGGGGGAGGAGGGGUUGAUUGGCACGGUCUUCCGUAAUGUGGAAGAACACGACCAUUACCUCCCUUACUUCAUCUCACUUGUUGGCAAGCUUUCUGAGGACGACGCUCCCCUGGUUGAGGAGGAUACAUUGGCCACCCUUGCCACCUAUAUGCGACAUGCGUGCCCUCGACUUCCACGACCUGGCUUUCCUACCCAGACAUUUCACAUGAAUGAAGACGAUGGUCUGGAAGAACAGGGAGAUGAUGGCGAGGAGGAUGACCAGCUGUACGAUGACGAGGGCCCUGUGCAAGAGGGCUACCCUGGUAGUCCUUAA